AUGCAUUACAGAUUUGUUAGAGACAGUUUUUGGGGCAGACUUGCCUACCACUUGUCGGGCCACAAGGUGUGGACUCAUCCAGAAGAGCAACCAGACUACGUGAUACCUGAAAAAUAUACAGAAGAAUACAAAGCGCAAAUGUUUGAUAAGGAACUGGUGGAUAUAGUACCUGAAGGUGACGCUGAUACGAGUGAAACCUUGGGAGUAAAUAGCUCAAAAAUUGUUGUUGAUUGGGACGGUGAAGAUGAUCCAGAAAAUCCUUUCAAUUGGCCAUUAGCACAAAAGAUCUUCUUCAUUGGUGAAAUCGUUUUUUUGACUACUUCAGUGUAUAUGGGUUCUGCCAUUUACACUCCUGGUGUCGAUCAAAUCAUGGAAGAGUUCAACAUUAGUCAGACAAUAGCGACCUUGCCUUUAGCCUUGUUUGUUAUCGGUUACGGUUUGGGUCCCAUGGUCUUCUCACCACUUUCGGAAAACGCUAUUUUUGGAAGAACCUACAUCUACAUCAUAACUUUGUUCAUUUUUUUCAUCUUGCAAAUUCCUACGGCAUUAUCCAGAGACAUUGCUUCAUUGUGUGUAUUGAGAUUUUUGAGUGGAUUGUUUGCUUCGCCAUGUUUAGCAACUGGUGGUGCUUCCGUUUGUGAUGUCAUUAGAAAGCCAUAUGUUCCUGUGGGCCUUGCUUCUUGGUCUCUUGGAGCUGUCUGUGGUCCUUCUCUUGGUCCAUUGAUUGGUUCCGUCUUGACUGUUAAGGGUGGAUGGAGAUGGACUUUCUGGUUCAUGGCCAUCAUUUCGGGUUCAUCGUUCUUAGUCUUGAGUUUCUUCUUACCAGAAACCUACGGAAAGACUUUACUUUAUAGAAAGGCUAAAAGAUUAAGAGCUCUCACUGGGAACGAAAACAUAACAAGUGAAGGUGAAAUUGAGAACAGUAAGUUGUCCUUCUCUGAGUUGGCUUUGGACACUUUGUGGAGACCAAUCGAAAUUUCUAUCCUUGAACCAGUUGUCUUGUUGAUCAAUAUCUACAUUGCAUUGGUGUAUUCCAUCUUGUACCUUUGGUUCGAAGCUUAUCCAAUUGUAUUUUUCCAAACCAAGCACUUCACCUUGGUCGAAUUGGGUGUUUCAUACGUCAGUAUCAUGAUUGGUAUUUGGAUUGCCUGUGCCAUCUACAUUCCAAUCGUCAGAAAAAUCUUUACGAAGAAAAUUCUCAACGACGAAGACGUUGCACCAGAAGUGUUUAUCCCUAUGGCCAUUGCUGGAGGUGUGUGCAUGCCAGUCGGUGUCUUUAUCUUCGGAUGGACAUCGUCUGCCGACAUUCACUGGAUUGGUCCAAUUAUCGGUGGUGCUAUCUUCGCUGCCGGUGCCUUCUUAAUUUUCCAAACGUUAUUCAACUACUUGAGUAACUCUUUCUCGAGAUUCUUGGCUUCUGUCUUUGCUGGAAACACUCUUUUCCGUUCAGUGAUUGCCGGUUGUUUCCCAUUGUUCGGACAUGCUUUGUUCACUAACUUGGAAACCAAGAAGUUUCCAGUUGCUUGGGGCUCUACUAUCUUGGGUUGUAUCACUGCGUUGAUGAUCUUAAUUCCAGUUUUGUUCUAUUUGAACGGUCCAAAGUUGAGAGCCAGAUCUAAGUACGCUGGUGAUGGCAAAUAA